GUAAACUCCCGCUGAAGUACUUAGCCUACUCCAUGCCACCGUGGUCCCGCCAACUCAUCUCUCCUUCUCUUCCUUUCCCUUCCGAUUGCACAGCCCCUCUUCUCCGCGUAGAGGGUUUGUCGCCUCACACAGGUUCUCCACGCCUGUAUUCGCACUUGGUCUCACCGAACUGUAGUGUUCAUGUUAGGAUAAAGGAGCCGCAGCUUUUGCAUUCCAUUGUACAUGUCUCGUGAAGGAUUUUUGGCUUUUGAAUUUGAGGUCGUGCUCACUGAUUCUGACGAUCCUCUAGCCAUAGUGAAAACAAGUAGAGAUCAAAGCAGGUUGUAGCUGAGUUUGUAGCUAGAGGCGAGUUUUUUUUUGCAGACUCGUUGUCGCAGAACUUGCUCCCAGUUGGAGUCGGUCAAUAUUGGUUCAAAGAUCUGGUCAGGCAAUUCGUAUCAGAAGAAUCUGUUGAGUUGGAGUUGGCGUGGAGACUAAUUUUGCAUACUCAGUGAAGGAUAUUGCUUGCUAUAAUAUAACAGUCCUAUUGUGUGCUCGUGCGCCUGGGACUGUUUAUGGCUUUUGGAGUGGUAUCGAUCAUGGCCACGCGACGUGUUACAUGGUCCAGGGCCGUUAGAGUGCACCCUGACCUCAGUGCCAGGAUUCGGCGCGAGUGCGACGAGAAUGUCAACCGUAGGCUUGGUGACAACCUCAAUAAUGUGCGUGGGAUUCCCGUUCUGAACAGGUGUUCAAGAUGUCACCUCCGAAUUCCUCUUCGGGAUAUCACACACUUGUUCCAGAAUAAUGUGGCUCCUGUAGACGACAAGGUUAACUCAUCCUCACCAGCAAUACAAGCUCUAGGGAGCGGACCGGUUAGAGGACUCCUCCCAGAAUCUGUCUCGUCACAAAAUUCUAGAAAAAGACGGCACACCGAACCAGUAUCUGAGUCGUCGACUGAACGAAGAGUCCUACGGAAAUUUAGAUGAAUUUAGUUCGAGCUACAAGCCAAAAGUAGCGGUGGGGAUGCGGUUGCAUGUCCACUCCCUUGUAAACCGAGUUGCUGGUUCGGUUCGGAGUUAGUUUCCACCGUAUUCUCUGAUUCACCCCUACUCCUCAAUAUCUAAUUCGACGAAUUUACAAAAACUCUAAUAGCACUUAGCUACUACGAGUUGCGAGCAGAUAAAUGUGAGUUUGUAGCAGGGGUUGAAUUUUGAACCAGUUGGUUGGAAAAAUCUGAUUUUUGUCUCCUAGAAUUGUAAUGUAGUAACUGGAGGAAGACCAAUGCCUGUAACUAGUUAAAUCAAUUAGCAGUUGAUUUUCAUUGUACAGGUUUGAAGUUCCCUUCCGAAGCUACUGCAGCUGUGUAAUGAUACAAGUCAGGUUAUUCAGUAAUCUAGAAAAGUUGGGAUCUCAUUAGCCCUUAAAUAUUCUUAUCAGGGAUAAUACAUGUGCGAACCUCAAACCAAUACAUGUCAAUACAUUUCCAUUAGCUAGA